UGAAGUGAGAACUUCAAGAAGCAGUUGAUUUAUAAUGAAGAAAAGCUGUGUUAGAUUAUUUGUGAUAUAUGUGGCAUCUCUUUACCAUGUGUGUUCAGCAAAUCAAGAACAAGUGAAAGAAAACCACUCAGAAAAUAAUUGUGGAGAAUUUCCCAAAAUCUCAAAUGGACAAAUAAAAUAUACCGGUAAAGGAAAAUAUGUCGAAGUCAGUUGUAAUGAAGGCUUCUAUCGGAAGGGGGAUGAUACAUUCAAAUGUGACCAUCACACAGGAUAUUGGAGUCCCCAUACAACAAAUUUUGUCAAUGCCUGCCAGUCAAAGUCUUUAGACAUUUUAUUAUUAGAGAGCUGUUUUCAUUAUGUCAUCUGGAAUGAUUUCAAAAACCAGGGGUCAGAAAAUAAUUGUAGUGAUGGGUAUUAUAUCAAGCGGAAUGAAGAAUCGUACGAAAGCGUAAUAUCUGUGCACUGUUAUGAUGAUACAUGGUACUUCAGUGUGUUUCCUUCCAUAGAGCCAGUGAGAGAUUGUGAAAGAGUUCCCAAGGAUCAGUGCAACAAACCACAAAAUAUACCCCAUGCCAAAUGGAUUAUUGAAUCAGAUACACUAUUUCACCGGCCAACAUAUAUGGAUGUCUUUACAAAAGGCACGAAAAUCCAUUAUUAUUGUGUGGACGGGUACAGUUUGAUUGGAGAAUCUACAGUGAUUAAUGAAUGUGUGGAAAAUUCAGGGCCUUCAAAGGUGUGCCAAGUUCCCAUUAUCCCCAAUGGGGAAUGUAAAUGUUGGACCUCCAGAUCAAGCACCUGUUCCCAGGUGUAUAAUUUAAACAGGGUGGCGUGUACCUGUGACUCAGGGUACCAGUCAGUGGGGGAGGAAGUUCUCACCUGCAAGGACGGCAAAUGGGAUCACUAUACACCAUCUUGUAUAUCAAUAUCACCAACUGAGAUAUCUGUCGGAGAUACGACAGAAGACAACAGUCAUAUGAACACUCUAGCUGUUGUGAUAGCUACAGCCUGCAGUGUGCUGGGACUUCUGUUAAUGGUCAUGGUCAUUGUCAUACUUCGCCGCAAAAAGCCGUCCCACCAUCACCACCAGCGCUUGUAUGAUCAGGGUACCAUGCCACCACCAUACGGUCGAGUUUACCCCAUAGAUGAACACGACCGAGUAGCUUUGAUAGGGUACGAUUCAGCCAGAUUACCAACGUAUGAAGAGGCCACAAGAGACACUGCCUCGCAACAAGUGGCCAGUCCAAGAUCAGCUCAAGAAUUUAGGCCUCUACCAAAUAUUCCAUUCCAGUUACGCAGUCCAGCUCUUCCUAGUAUUGACAGCACUAGCAGACAUUCCGUUACCACUACUACAACUGGGAAUGCUGAGGUGUUUGGUUCAAUAGAUACAGUUAAUUUUAGCAUGAGUGAUGCUUCUACGGCAGGAACGGUGGACACGAUAGACAGUCGAACCAGCCGCCCUUCUCGCGGUUCCCGCACCGCUACAGCUGGUAGUCUGGAAUCCUCCAGGGAAAAUCUCUCUUCAGAUGAUGCACCAUUAUUGGAAAACAACACUUUAGAAUUAAACUCAGAGACUCAAGAUGAAGUUAUAGAAGAGGAAAAUAAAGAGUCCUAGGAUAGAAUUGCUUUGAUAUUGGCAGAAGUAACAUCCUUACACAUGUUCACGGAAGCUGGAUCUGACGGGGAUAGGACAUCAUAGUACUUCAACUCAUAGGCAUUUGUUGCUUUUUUUUUUUUAUAUAUAUACAUGAUAUUCCCAUAGAUUUAUGUGAUAAUACAUUGUAGUCUCUGUGUGUGUUGUGAAAAUGUAUGUUAUUUAGAAAAUGUAAAGGAAUGAAUUGCUUGUUUUUGUCACCAUUGAUUUUAAAAUUUAUUGCAGAUUGGUGCUUUUUUUUAAUCAUAAAUUUUUAUCAUUUAUACAUGUAAUUUUGUUUCUAUUUGUGGUGAAUGAAACAUUGCAAAAUGUCUCAUUUCACUCACACAAAUAGUUAAGCUAUUCUUCAUAAAUUAAGAAUGACAAAAAUUACCAGGUUGAUUACCCAGGUAAUACCUACAAUUGUAAUCACAAAAAUGUGAAUAAGUUUUUUUUUUUAAUGAAAUCUCUAAAUAGUGUUUUUUUUUUUUGGCAUAUAAAUUUUUCUCGAAUAUGUAAGUAAAAAAAAGAAUUCAUAUUGCAAAUAUGAAAGUAGAAUUCAUACAGAAAAUAUUCAAAGGUUCAGUAGAAUGACAAGUGUAUUUUCAUUCAAUGAAAAUUGAUGAUUAGCUCAACCUGCUAAUAUUUGAUGUCUUACAAUGAGUAAAACUUGUAGUAGAAAUUGAUUUCACUCAAAGUACACUAGGUAUACAUAAAUGAUAAACUUGUAUAUCAGUUGCAAGAAGUUAGGAUUAACCAUUGGCUGCAUAAUUUUUUUUUUUUAUCCUUUGCCAUCCAUGUCAUGAAUUACAGUUGAACUUUGGUAUCUCGAACUCCGAUAUCUCGAAUACCAUGGAUAAGCCGAAUUGAUUUGGAAGUCCCAACCUCAAAUUCUUUAAGUAUUUUACCUUCAAUAUCUUGAAUCCUCGGAUACCUCAAAGUUUUUUCUUGGUCCCACCAGGUUCGAGAUAACGAAGUUUGACUGUAUUAUGUCUUGUGAAAUAUCUAUACACAUAGGGGCAAUAUAUAAUCAGGGAAAGAUUUUUUCUCAGUUACUUAAAUCAUUCACAUAUUCAAAUUUAAUUUGUACAUGUGUACAGUAUACUUCUCAUAUAUUAUUUACCUGAAUUCAUAAGAUGAAAAAAAAAAAUUUUUUUCCAUAAAACAAACUUAAAAAAACUUCUAUAGAAUCUUUUUCAGGACUGUAAUCUGACUUUUCCUUAUAUGAAUCUCUUAAAUUUUGAAUUUUACAUGUUUAAUUUUAAUGGACAUAUAAAUUGCAAUUUUUUUUUCACACACCCCUCUCUCUAAAUAAAAUAAAUUGGCAUACAAAUGCUUAUAUAAUGUACAUGUAAGUUGCAAUUAAGGAAACCAUUCCAUGUUACAUGUAUCUGUUGCUUUCUAUGAAGCAUCAUUAAUAUCAAGCUAUUAUUUUGCAUGAAUUAAUGUAAAUAUUAAUUUUAUAAUUCAUUUAAGUGCUGGGUAUUUUUCACAUACGGAAAAGUGCUUUAAACUGAAAUACAUUGUACUAGUGAUCAGUAUAAAUUUAUUGGAAGACACCACUUUGGAAUUUUAACAAUUUUAACAGCAAGUUUAAACAAGUUUGUAUGUGAUGUUUUUGUCUGCCAAAACAAUUCAAAUAAUCUUGAUGGGAAUUUUGUGUUUACGAACAUUAUUUAUGUAUGUAAAUCUUUUGUUCAAAUGCUUCCAAAUCUCAAGUCAGAUCUUCAACUUUACCAAAAGAAAAAGAAAAACAUACCGAAGAUAAUCAGAGAGCAAGGAUCUGUAUGUUUGUUAUGAUCUCAACUCUAAGUUUUUUGUUUAAUGAAAAUGUUGAAAAUCAGAAUACAGUUGCAUCAUGUUUUGGUCAAUAAAUGUUUGUACAUAUACAA